GAGAGAGAGAGAGAGAGAGAGAGAGGGGGGGGGCCAAUAGGAGCACAGCUGCAGACAUGGUCCUCCUUCAUCUAUUAAACAUAUAGAUAUAUGCCCUUCCGGUCUUUUCCUCACCACUCAAGCAAUGGAAAUUUGAGUAAUCCAAAUGUUUUCUUCUGGGAUCUUUCCUACUUCCUUCUCCCAGACCCCACUCAAAGUGGGAGCCUUGUACACUGGGUACAGCCUUUUUCAUUUCUUAAUUGGCUACAUUAUAAUUAUCAGGAGAGAUCAGGAACAUGCUUGGCUAGUAUCACUCAACCAUAUCCUCAACUUACAAUCAUACUAGCUAGCUACCAAAACAUACAUGGAGGGAACAAUCUGUGAGGAAAAAGCUGAAGGGGUGGGUGAAUUUUCAGAAAUCUCCCUCCGGCCAAUCGACCUUUCCGACGCUGAUGAUUUCAUGGUGUGGGCUGCAGAUGAAAGGGUGGCCUCCUUCUGCCGCUGGGACACCUACACCUCCAAGGAAGAUGUCAUGAACUACAUAAAGAGCACUGCCAUUCCUCACCCAUGGUUCAGGGUCAUUUGCCUCAACCACAGAGCAAUUGGGGCUAUUUCAGUGACUUCAAAUUCUAAAACCACUGAUAGGUGCAGAGGGGAACUUGGGUAUGCUCUGGCCUACAAGUACUGGGGCAACGGAAUCGCCACCUGGGCAGUGAAAAUGGUGGCUUCGACCAUAUUCCGGGAGUGGCCGCACUUGAAGAGACUCGAAGCUCUAGUCGAUGUCGAUAAUCGGGGCUCGCAGAGGGUGUUGGAGAAGGCUGGGUUCAUGAGGGAAGGGGUCCUGAGGAAGUAUUUCUUUCUCAAGGGAAAAACUAGAGACAUGGUGAUGUUUAGUCUUCUUUCCACUGAUGCUGCAGCAUCCUAUUCCUAGCUAAGUGUGUAGAAAAUUAUAUACUAAAGUAGUUCUAUAUAUGGUUGUCCACUACUGUUUGUAGUAUUUAAGAAGAUAAGAUCAGCGAUUGUGCCCAAAAGAAAUGAAAAAAUCAAUGGAAUGCUUCGUUUGAUA